CUGAUGACGCAUCAGGCAUGCUUGUAGGCUGCGACGCGCUUGUUAUUUAUCGUGGAGAGCUCAUUAGGCAGCAAAAGGAUAUUUAACUUUACCGCUUCUACAGCAUGUCUUUUCACGACGAUGAAUCCUCGGAAGCCGGACUGACCGGUCAAUCGAGGCUGGAGAGCUUCCUGUUCAGCUGCGAGCUGUCCUCUAAAGUACCUUUCUACACUUUCCAAGGAGAUGAAGAGGAGGACCUGGAGCACUUCCUUGAACUGAGAACAGUUUGCUUAGGUGACGGUGCCAAGGAGGAGAGCAAUGUGGUGGAGGUGACUGCCAUGAACCACAAUGGAAAGACUAUUUCAGUUCCCAUCGCCAACCUUCACAUCAAGUGUCUCCCCAUGGUGAGUCUGGGUGAGUUUGAGCUGAAAGCACCAGUGACCAUCCGACUCAAGGCCGGCACAGGGCCGGUUUCUGUCAGUGGACUACACCUUAUUGCCUCACAGGUCGAAGACUCGGAUUUGUCUGAGGAAGAAGACUCGGAGGAGGAGGAGGAAGAAGAGGAAGAGCUGCCUGCCAUCAAACCAGCAAAAAAGAAGCAGAAGCAGUAGGCGGAGAGGUUACUGGUGGAUUUUUUUUCUUCUUCUUUUUUGAAAUGGCUCACUCACUGAUGUGUUUUUAUAAAAUAAUGUUUUGGUACCAGAUGGACACAUUUUACAAAAUUCCCACUUCCACACCAGCCACGUGAAUGCUGUGUGUGGUGGCAGCUAGCGGUGCAGUCGGGGGAAUCAUGACGGGCUCUGAUGUUCUGGGUAGCGUGUGAUGAUCGAUUGCUACCCGCAGUUUUAUACUGUACAUGAUUCAGUCACCACUGAAGGUGGUGGAAGAGGUGUCUUUUUACCACCAGCGGAUCCUGGCAUUGUUUAAAGAUGCUGAGCGAUGGGGAAGAAAAUGUAUUCCAACUCAAACUGAGUGUCGCCGGCAGAUGAUACAUGCAGACAGUAUAUUAAAUGCUCUUGUUUCAUAGGAGAGUCUCCCAUUUCCUGCCACUUGUAAUAUCAGAAUACUGUUUUUCUAUGUAAUGUUUCGAUCUUAAAUGUGAAGAUUUGUACUUGCAGUUAAUAGAACAAGGAAGCAUUUUUCUCCAAAUAAAUGAGCAAUUCCAGCACAAUAAAUAAAAUACACAGUUUGUUUCGUCA